UAUUGUGAUUAUGUAAUAGAGGUGCUUAUUAGUAGGACUACACACUAAAGUAUUUAGGGCCAAUGUGGCAUUGUGUCAGCAACUUAGAUCACAAAUGGUUCAGGAAAGAAAAGUGUUCUCUGUUCUCUAUACUUGCAACAUUUCUGUAAGCUUGUGCUUGUUUCAAAAUAGAAAUUGAAAAAUUACGUUCAAAAUGCUGAGUAUACUAGAAAAACGCACUUGACUUGGGGCCAAGAGGUUGUUAAUCCCAGUUCCGCCAGUGACUGGGUGUGUGACCUUGAGCAAGCUGCUUUACGUCAGGCCCCAGAGUUUCGGGCUGUAGGACACAAGGCUCUCUAAGGCCCCUUCCCAGUCUAGCAUUCCACCACCUACACCCACGGCACUCCCUGCCUGAAUUUCUCCAGGCUCCAGUUGUGCCUUAGACUUCAGAUGCCCCAAGGAUUCUGGGUAGAGUCGAAAACAAACAAAAAUGGGUGUGGCCAAGCUCUCCAGACUGCAAAGACGCUGCCCUGGCCUCAAUCUAGGCCGCAGUCUCCGCCAUCGCUCUUUCGGAGGUGGAGCAGUCACGCCUGCCAGUGUGGGCGCUCGAUAGCUCGGCGGCCGGCUGGCGGGGUCUCGGCGCGGUGCGGGGCGUGUUCCCAAUCGCUGGCUCCCGCCGCACUCCAGGCUCCGAGCUUUCCGUCCCGCCCCGCGCGCGCCCCUCCCGCCCCGCUGCCUCGCAGUCGCUACCGCCUGCGAGUCCCAGCGCUGUGGAUCCGAUAACGUGGCGAGGCUGGGAAGGUCGCUGAGUCGUGGUCGUGGCGGACCCCGGGGGCGAGCAGUCGGGAAUCGCCGCAGUGGAGGCGGCUCCCGGCGCGAGGGGGCGGUGUCCGUGCUGCUUGCCGGCUAGGAGGAACCACACACCGGGGCCUGCACUGUUUUUUUUCCUUAGGUAUAUUGACUGAAGUUUAAUGAGAAGAACCGUGACCAGCUAGGAGAAUUUUCUGCAAGGAAUGGAAUUAGCUCAUAGCUUACUGCUGAAUGAAGAAGCAUACAAUCAACUGGGUGAAGUUCAGAAGGCAGAGUUUAUUUUUGAUUGGUUGAGAUAUUUGGAGAAGCUCUUGCUAGCAACCAGCAGGAGUGAUGUAAGGGAGAAACAGAAAACUCUUGUGGAACAGCUCCUAUCUUUGUUGAACAGCUCCCCAGGGCCUCCUACUCGCAAACUCCUUGCUAAGAAUCUAGCUAUUCUUUAUAGUAUUGGAGACACAUUCUCUGUUUAUGAGACAAUUGAUAAAUGUAAUGAUCUUAUUCGAAGCAAAGAUGAUUCUCCAAGUUAUCUUCCCACUAAACUCGCCGCUGUGGUGUGUUUGGGUUCCUUGUAUAAGAAGUUGGGUAGAAUACUGGGUAACACCUUUACUGAUACAGUGGGGAAUAUUCUUAAAGCUAUGAAGAGUGCAGAGUCACAAGGUCGAUAUGAGAUCAUGCUGAGUCUGCAAAACAUAUUGAGUGGACUGGGAGCUGCUGCUACCCCUUGCCACAGGGAUGUUUAUAAAGCUGCUAGAUCCUGCUUGACAGAUAGAUCCAUGGCCGUUCGUUGUGCUGCUUCGAAGUGUCUCCUUGAACUUCAGAAUGAGGCCAUCUUUAUGUGGAGUACAGACCUGGACAGUGUGGCCGCACUAUGUUUUAAAUCCUUUGAAGGCUCCAAUUAUGAUGUGAGGAUUUCAGUUUCAAAGCUACUAGGCACAGUGUUGGCCAAAGCUAUAAUUUCUAAACAUCCAGGAGCAGCAGCCUCACGUCAAAGUGUUCGCAGAGUAUCUCUGGAGGAAGUUCUGGAAUUACUAGGAACAGGGUUUCUACGUGGGAGUUCAGGAUUUCUUCGAGCCAGUGGAGAUAUGCUGAAAGGAACCAGUUCAGUCAGUAGGGAUGUCCGAGUUGGAGUUACUCAGGCUUACGUGGUGUUUGUUUCAACACUAGGAGGAGCAUGGCUAGAGAAAAAUUUUGCUGCCUUUCUUUCUCAUACCCUAAGCCUGGUUUCACAGUCACACCCUAAGGCCACCCAAACUCAGAUUGACGCUGUCUGCAGUCGCCGAUGUGUUUCAUUUAUCCUUCGAGCUACCGUUGGAGGCCUUCUUGGAGAAAAGGCUCAAAUUGCUGCUGCCAAGGAUAUUUGCCAGGCUAUCUGGAAGUUAAAGAAAGUUAUGGACGCUGUAAUGAGUGACGGUAAUUUGGAAACCCGGCUUGGCUCCGCAGAAGUAGCAGCCAGCCAGCAUAUGUUGGUAUGUGCUUUACAAGAACUUGGAAAUCUCAUACACAGUCUCGGCACCACAGCUGCACCUUUGCUACAGGAUUCAAGUGCAGGCAUCCUUGACAAUGUCACUUCAGUUACUCUUCAUCCUAGCAUUUCUGUUCGACUAGCAGCUGCCUGGUGUCUACACUGCAUUGCUGUGGCGCUACCUGCCUACCUAACGCCUCUCUUAGACCGUUGCCUUGAAAGGCUUACUGUGCUUAAGUCUUCACCUGAAGCAGUGACUGGCUUUAGUUUUGCAGUGGCAGCUCUGCUGGGAGCAGUGAAACAUUGUCCUUUAGGAAUUCCUCACGGAAAGGGCAAGAUUAUUAUGACAUUGGCAGAGGAUUUGCUAUGUUCUGCUGCUCAAAACAGUCGCCUUUCAGCUCAGCGCACACAAGCUGGAUGGUUGUUGAUUGCUGCCCUGAUGACCUUAGGUCCUGCGUUUGUCAGUCAUCACCUUGCUCGAGUUCUGCUGUUGUGGAAGUGUGUCUUUCCAGUGUCUCCGAAAGAUCUAGAAACAGAAAAGAGCCGAGGAGAUUCAUUUACAUGGCAGGUAACCUUGGAAGGACGAGCUGGUGCUCUCUGUGCUAUCAAGAGCUUUGUUUCCCACUGUGGUGAUCUCCUUACUGAGGAAGUAAUUCAGCAUCUUCUUCCACCACUUCCUUGCGCUGUGGAUUUGCUAACUCUGCUUUCUUCAAUACUAAAAACAUAUGGAAGUCCUUUGAAAACACCAUCAGUAGUUUAUAGACAAAGGCUUUAUGAAUUGUUGAUCUUAUUACCUCCUGAAACCUAUGAAGGAUACCUUUGUGCUGUCCUCAGAGAGCUGGCUGCUGACUUGACUGCCCCCGAUAUACAGGUGGCAGCAUCCACAUUUUUACUUCCACGCCUCUGUCAUCAGGAUGAUCUUCUAAUAUUAAGUCCUUUGCUACAAGAUACUGACCAUAGAUUUAUUGAAGAACAGCUCCUGCUUGGUAAUGGUAUUGCUUGCGGAAGUCUCGAGUAUGACCCUUAUUCUAUUUACGAGAAAGAUGUAGAGGGAGAUUCGGUGCCUAAGCCCUUACCUCCAACACUAUCAGUUAUUAGCUCUGCAGUCAAGCUCUUUGGAGUUGUAUGUGCUCAUGUGGGAGAAGCUCAAAGGCUUCUCAUACUGGAACGGCUUUUGGACAGUAUAAAGCAUACAAAAGGAGCUCGUCAACAAGUAGUUCAGUUACAUGUUGUUUCUUCAGUUUCUAGUUUCUUGAAGUAUGUGGCUGGCUCUAAAGGACAUUUGGGUCCAGAAGAAAUGAGAAGACCUGUCCUCGCAUUGGUGAUGGGAGCCUUAGAAAGUCCCAGCCCACUCUUGAGAUGUGCAGCUGCAGAGGCAUGGGCUAGAUUAGCCCAAGUGGUUGAUGAUGGAGCUUUUACUGCUGCAUUAGCUCAAGUUAGCUUUGACAAACUGAAAUCAGCAAGGGACGCAGUUACCAGAACAGGACACUCAUUGGCUUUGGGAUCCCUGUAUAGGUACUUGGGAGGAAUAAGUUCUUCUCAACAUUUGAAUUCUUGUGUUGGAAUCCUUUAUACUUUAUCUCAGGACAGCACUUCUCCUGAUGUGCAGACCUGGGCACUGCAUUCUCUCUCAUUGAUAAUUGAUUCUGCUGGCCCACUCUAUUACACGCAUGCAGAACCAACCCUUUCUCUUAUUAUUAUGUUGUUGUUAAAUGUGCCUCCUACUCAUGCUGAAGUUCACCAAAGCCUUGGUCGCUGUUUGAAUGCCCUUAUUACUACACUGGGUCCAGAGCUACAAGGUAACAGUACUUCCGUUUCUACCCUAAGGACUUCCUGUCUGUUGGGUUGUGCAGUGAUGCAAGAUAACCCAGACUGCCUUGUCCAAGCUCAGGCCAUCUCAUGCCUUCAGCAGCUUCACAUGUUUGCUCCACGACAUGUCAACUUGUCUAGCCUGGUCAGCUGCCUCUGUGAGAUCUUGUUGGAUAAUUCUGUGUUGGUGAAUCUUUGUAGUCCCUAUUUGUUACUGAGACGAGCAGUACUGGCUUGUUUACGUCAGCUUGUUCAGAGAGAAGCAGCUGAAGUUUCAGAACACGCUGUUAUGCUUGCUAAGGAUAGCAGAGAAGAGUUGACUCCAGAUGCUAACAUCAGAGAAGUGGGCCUUGAAGGGGCCUUAUUGACCUUACUUGACCAAGAGACAGAUGGGAGAUUAUGCCAUGAUAUCAAAGAGACAUUAAACCAUAUGCUCACAUCUAUGGCAGUGGAUAAACUCUCCUUUUGGUUAAAGCUUUGUAAAGAUGUACUUGCUGCAUCAGCUGAGUUUACAACUGUAACUUGUGUGGAUACAAUGCAAGAAGAGGAAGGAGAUAAAGGGGAUGAUGCCUCAGUUCUGACCAUCAGAAAUGAUGGCAGACCUCAUCCUUUUACCAAUCCGCGAUGGGCUACAAGAGUCUUCGCUGCUGAAUGUGUCUGCAGGAUAAUUAACCAGUGUGAGAAUGCACACAGCGCACAUUUUGACAUCGCUUUAGCACAAGAAAUGAAAAAAAGGGAUUCAAGAAAUGACUUUUUGGUGCUACAUCUUGCUGACUUAAUUCGCAUGGCUUUUAUGGCUGCCACAGAUCACAGUGAUCAGCUCCGUCUUUCUGGCCUUGAAACACUGUUAGUUGUUAUUCGGCGAUUUGCAGCUAUUCCAGAACCAGAGUUUCCAGGUCAUGUGAUUCUGGAACAGUAUCAAGCCAAUGUAGGAGCGGCACUUAGACCAGCCUUCACCUCAGAGACGCCACCUGACGUCACUGCCAAAGCAUGUCAGGUUUGCAGUGCCUGGAUAGCAAGUGGAGUUGUAAGUGACCUUAAUGAUCUCCGAAGAGUUCAUCAGUUGCUUGUUGCAUCAUUAACAAAAAUUCAGGUUGGAAAAGAAGCUCUAAGUCACUUAUAUAAUGAAAGUGCUUCUACCAUGGAGAUCUUAGCUGUGCUAAAAGCCUGGGCAGAGGUCUACAUAAUUGCUGUAGAAAGACAUAAAAACCACAAACAACCUUUGAAGACUACCUGUUCAGAAGAGAGUGUCGGAAACGGGUCGAUUUCAUCAGACGGGCUGCUUGACUUAGUCCACGCAGAUCUUGGCACAUUAAGUAGGCUCUGGCUUGCUGCGCUUCAGGAUUUUGCUCUCCUAACUUUGCCUUCAGAAUUUGCCUCCCAGCUUCCUGUUGAAGGUGGUGCUUUCUACACAGCAGAGACUAGUGAAAACGCAAAAUCGCAUUAUUACAACUCCUGGGCGUUUAUCCUCCAUGCUACAGCACUGUGGCUUACAAGCACAGGCUUUGUUGUUGCUGACCCAGAUGAGGGAGCACCUAAUCUCUCAAGGCCUGUAACACCAACUUCCAUGUGUCAGGGGUCAUCAUCUGGGGCUCCAGUAAAGUCCCCUGAGGAUGUCUACACUGAGAGAUUCCAUCUUAUUUUAGGAAUCAGUGUGGAAUUUCUGUGCUCCUUACGUUCAGAUGCAACCAUGGAAAGCAUUACUGCUUGUUUACAUGCGUUACAGGCCCUUCUAGAUGUUCCUUGGCCCAGAUCUAAAAUUGGCAGUGAUCAGGACUUGGGUAUCGAGUUGUUGAAUGUACUACAUCGAGUAAUUUUGACCCGAGAAUCACCUUCCAUUCAGCUGGCUUCUCUUGAAGUGGUAAGGCAGGUUAUCUGUGCAGCUCAAGAACAUGUGAAGGAGAAAAGACGAAGUGCAGAAGUUGAUGAUGGGGCUGCUGAAAAGGAAACCUUGCCAGAAUUUGGAGAGGGAAAGGACACAGGAGGACUUGUGCCUGGGAAAUCUUUGGUCUUUGCAACACUGGAAUUGUGUGUAUGCAUUCUAGUUAGACAGCUCCCAGAGCUAAAUCCUAAAUUGACAGGUAGCCCAGGAGUAAAAGCUACAAAGCCACAGAUGCUGUCAGAAGAUGGAAGUAGGUUGGUUUCCGCUGCAUUAGUUAUCCUCUCUGAACUUCCUGCAGUGUGCUCUCCUGAAGGAAGCAUCUCAAUCCUCCCUACUAUACUGUACCUCACAAUUGGAGUCCUCAGAGAAACUGCUGUGAAGUUACCUGGGGGCCAGCUAUCUUCAACAGUUGCAGCUUCCCUGCAGGCUCUGAAAGGAAUAUUAUCUUCUCCCAUGGCCCGAGCAGAAAAGAGCCAUAGUGCUUGGACUGACCUUCUCCGUAGUGCUUUAACAACAGUUCUUGACUGUUGGGAUCCAGUAGCUGGAACACGUCAAGAACUUGAUGAAGUCAGUCUGCUUACUGCUGUCACAGUAUUUACUUUGUCUACCAGUCCAGAAGUAACUACGAUCCCAUGCCUUCAGAAGCGCUGUAUUGAGAAAUUUAAGGCUACUCUUGAGAUAAAAGAUCCUAUGGUACAAAUCAAGACCUAUCAGCUCCUACUUUCCAUUUUUCAGUAUCCGAAUCCAGCUGUUUCCUACCCGUACAUUUACUCUUUAGUAGCCUCUAUCGUGGAAAAACUGCAGGAAAUAGACAAAAGAAAACCUGAAGACACUACUGAGCUUCAGAUCUUUCAAGAAGGCAUAAAGGUCUUGGAAGCACUGGUCGCCAUUGCUGAGGAACAGCAUCGCUCUCAGCUGGUGGCCUGUCUUCUGCCCAUCCUCAUUUCCUUCCUUUUGGAUGAGAAUGCUCUGGGAUCAGCAACUUCCAUAAUGAGAAAUCUGCAUGACUUUGCUUUGCAAAAUCUCAUGCAGAUUGGGCCUCAGUAUUCAUCAGUUUUUAAAAGUGUAAUGGCUUCUUCUCCAGCCUUGAAAGCCCGCCUUGAAGCUGCUAUAAAGGGCAAUCAAGAAAGUGUCAAACUCAAGAUACCAACAUCUAAACAUACUAAGAACUCUGGAAAGAAUUCAAGCAUCCAAUUAAAGACCAACUUCCUCUGAUUUCUUUCUUUUUUUUUUUUUUUGAAUAGUAAGCACCUUAACACAAUACUUGAUCAUUUCUUUCACUUUGGGGGCAAAAGUGGCAUUUUAGACACAAGUGCACUUGGAGGCUGUUUGUUUUAACUUAAAUAGCUUUGAAAAGUCACAGCAAACUUAACAUUUUUUGUGGGGUUUUUUUUUUCUUUCUUUCAUAUAAUAAAAUCACAGAGCUCUGUCAGAAUUCUUGCCAGGAAUUUCAAUAAAGUGCUAAAGAACUAAACUUAGAAAACCAACCACUGCUUUAAAAACAAAAUUUAUUUCUUCUAAUAGUCCAUACACACAUAGUACUAUGACAGAUAUAAAUUUGACUCUAAUAUAAAUUAUCUGCAUUUAUAUUGUAUCUCGAUUGCCAGUUUAAAAUUCGGCCUUAUUCAAUAAUUGUAUUAGACUUUCUUGGAUUUCUCAAACAACAUAAAUGAUUGGAAAGCUAUUUAGGAAACUUGGUUUAGAAUUAUCUAAAAUAUGUAAUAGUACAAAUUAAUUAUGGCCCUACAGUGUGAGUUAAGAUUUGGUGUCUAUAAAUAUGGCUUUUUACCAUCUAUUGGUUUUAUAUGUAUUGAGUUCAGAAAAUUGAAAUUUUAGUCAUUUUAAAUAGAAUAGGGCAUUUCUACUUCAAUUUCUCACAUGGAUUUUCUUUUACCUCUGUUCCUAAUAAUUUUCUUCAUUUUCAUUUAUGGCAAACAUUCAUACCAAUGAGUUUAAUAUAGAUUCAUAUCUAUAUUUAAAUUAACUAUGGGUUUAUAUAAAUGUCAAAUUUAGUACAACAAAUUUAGAUCCUCAAUGAAUACAAGUAUGUUUUUUUAACAUGAAACAUUUUAAUAUAGAAAAAAUCUAAUGAUAAAGUCAUAUUGGUUGAAGGAUAAUUAUUUUUAAUUGUUGAUGGUCAUUGACUCUCCUUCCACUUCAGUGUUAUACUAUGUGAAUCAAGCACUGUGUCAAAAUGAAGCAUUUCCCUGUUAAAAAUUAAAACCCGAAGUGAGAGGGGCAUGUUCAGAAUGGAGAGACACUUGGAGUCAAGCGAAAGCAAUGUGAUGGUACUCUAUUUUAUUAUGUUUGUAUAUAAAUACACUUGUAAAUCGUUCAGAAUGAAAACAUUUGACAAAUUCUAACACUACAAUCAAUUUUUCUAAUUUACAUAAAUAAAGCUAAUUUUCUUUAUCA